AUGCAUUUUCUUUAUAAACCAUCCGAUAAAAAUCAACCAACACGUCAAUUAAAUUCAUUUUGUUCAUCACAAAAUCGUUUUUCUUUAUCUGCUUAUUCUAAUCUUGGAUAUAAAUCUACAUCUGAUUUAACUGUUGACACACAUUUUGUUUAUUCAAUUGAACAACAACGUGCAUCUGAGAAUAAUUCAUAUUUUAAAAUUCCUGAUCGAUCAUCACAUGCAUUACAAAUACGUUCAGGUCAUACGAAAUAUGGACGUAUGCAAGCACCUAUUCUGUCAUUUGAUGAAGAAGGAGACAUUCCAUUACCUGACAAGAAAAACAAACUUCUUCUCUCACCUGAUGAUACACAGCUUAGUGAUUCACAAAAUCAACUGACGACUUUAAGUCCUGGUAGUAUAUCAAUUGAAAGAACACGAAAAGACAGAUUUCGACAUGCUCUUCGAAGUGUUUCAAAAGUAGCUUUUAGUCAAUUAGGAUUAGUAGUUGGUUAUGUUAUACUUGGUGGAUUGAUAUUUGAUGCAAUUGAAUCACGUUAUGAACUUGAACGUUUAGAAGAAAAAGAACGAAAUCGUCAACAUUUUGUUGAUCAAUUAUAUAUUCAUGCAUAUAGAGAAUUUAAUCGUGUAUUAAAUCAAACAUUUGAAUUAAAAUAUGCUUUAUGGCGUGGUGGUAUAUCGAGAAAUGAUGAACGUAAUGAUGGUUGGCAGAUCGAAGUUGAAAAAGAUUUAUGGAAACAUUAUAUUGAUUAUGAAUUAUUACAAUAUUUUGGUGCCGAAGAAAAAACUCAAUAUGGUAAUGAUCAGCAACAACAAGAACAAAAUACAGUACAAGUUUGGACAUUUUCUAGUGCUAUGCUUUAUUCCGCAACUGUUAUUACAACAAUUGGAUAUGGAAAUAUUACACCAAAAACUACUGAAGGCAAAAUUGCAACAAUGAUUUAUGCAAUGUUUGGUAUUCCUUUAAUGUUUAUGUGUUUGACAUACACAGGUGAUUUAUUAGCUGAUGCUUUUAUAACUGGUUAUUCAAAAAUGGUUAAUUUUAUUUAUCGACAAAUAUGUUAUCGAUAUUUAAAAGCUUGGUUACCCUUUAAAGGAAGACAAAGUUUUGAACAACCUGAUUCUGAACAUGAAGAAGCUCGACAUGUACCAAUAGUAGCUACAUUAGGUGUUCUUGCAUUAUAUAUCGCUAUGGGUGCAUUUCUUUUUGCUCAAUGGGAAAGUUGGCAUGUACUUGAUGGAGCUUAUUUUUGUUUUAUAACAUUUACAACAAUUGGUUUUGGAGAUCUUGUACCAGGUAAAGGUACAGUUACUGAAUCAAAAGCAGGUAAAGCAGCAAUGUGUGCAUUAUUUCUUUUAUUUGGCAUGAUUGUUAUGGCAAUGUCAUUUAAAUUAAUGCAAGAUGAAAUUAUAUCAAAAUUUCGUAAAAUUGCAAGACGUUUUGGUUUUGGAAAACGUCAUAGAAGUGAUCCGGGCUAA